UCAAUUUUUCAUAAUAAUAGAUACACAGCUUUUCACAAAACAGAUUGAAAUUAGUAGCAGCAUAGCAUCCCCACCUUUUCACUAACUACCAAAAUGGCAACAGCAUUAGAGUGCUGGUCAAGCCGCACCACCACCACCGCUGCCGCCGCCGCCGCCGAUGAACAACAACAAGUCCUUAUGAGAACCCACCACAGAUCCGAACUUUCUUCUUCCAAAGACUCUUCCACACUCCUCCAAAAGAACAACAACAAGUUUCACAAACUCACUCGUAACUUCUCUGAUGUUAUUACUUCCUUCAAAAACACACUUAACCUUAAUAAUAAUAAUAAUCCUGAAUCUCCUCCUUCUUCUAAGAAACUUGCUUGGGCCUCUGUUCUUCGUAAUCUUACUCAACUUUAUCCUGGAACUCAACUUCCUGAUAACCUCAUUUCCAAUUUGAGGAAUCAUUACCAUUCUCUCCCUCUCAGUUAUGCACAAGCUGAAUUUGAUAUGAAGGAUGUGUUUCUUCACAUCAAGUUGAUAGAGCAGGCUUUGGAAAGUGAUCAGCCUGCAAUUUUGAUUCAACAAGAGUGUGGUGGUGGCGGUGAUGGUGAGGUUCAGGUUCAGGGGUGUGUGUUGAAGCUAAUUUUUGCUUGCAACUCUACCGUUUCGUGGCCUGCUAUGUCGGUUGCGUUGGACAGUUUCUCUGUUUGUAGCAAGAGGGCACAGAUCUUUGAGAAGAAAGGUUUCACCUUAGGAGUUGUUGCUCUUGUUGUUAGGUCCGGGCAUGAAAAUUUGGUCAAGACCCGGGUUGAGAAUGCUUUGAAGUUUGCUUUAAAGAAGCCUAAAACUGGUGCUGUGAAUGUGAAGCUUCCAUUUGGACUUUGUGGCUGUCAGGAAGAGAGUUUCAUGGGGAGAGAAUUAGGGGAUAUUGGAGAAGAUAGUGGUAAUGGAAAGGAGUUUGAGAAUUCAAGCCAAAAGAUUCAGCUUCAGUUGCCUUUGCCUACCUCAUCUUUCGUUGUGACAGUGGAUGAAUGGCAGACGAUAAAGUCAGGUGGCGAUGAGAUUGAGAGAUGGUUGUUGAAUGCAGAUUGUGUUGAGUUUACAGAACAGAUUGGACCAAAUUCUUACAAAGGUGUCUACAUGGGGAAAAGGGUUGGAAUUGAGAAGUUGAAAGGGUGCGAAAAAGGAAAUUCUUAUGAGUUUGAGCUUCACAAAGAUCUAUUAGAACUGAUGACUUGUGGACAUAGAAACAUUCUGCAGUUCUUUGGUAUUGUUGUGGAUGAUAAUCACGGAUUAUGCGUGGUGACUAAAUUCAAGGUACGUGGGUCCGUUAACGCCUUAAUGUUGAAGAACAAGAAGCUUCAUAGUAAGGAUAUUGUUAGAAUUGCAGUCGAUGUAGCUGAGGGGAUCAAGUUUAUGAACGACCACGGUGUUGCGUACCGAGACCUUAAUACACAACGGAUUCUGUUAGAUAGACAUGGAAAUGCUUGCUUGGGAGAUAUGGGUGUAGUCACUGCCUGCAAGAGUGUUGGGGAAGCAAUGGAGUAUGAAACUGAUGGUUAUAGAUGGCUAGCUCCUGAGAUAAUCGCAGGAGACCCCGAGAGUGUGACGGAGACAUGGAUGAGUAACGUUUAUAGUUACGGCAUGGUAAUUUGGGAGAUGGUAACUGGUGAGGCAGCAUUUUCUGCACUUUCUCCUGUGCAAGCAGCAGUUGGCAUUGCAGCUUGUGGCCUUAGACCUGAAAUUCCCAAAGACUGCCAACCAAAUCUAAAAUACAUUAUGACAAAGUGUUGGAACAACAACCCUUCUAAACGUCCUAAGUUCUCUGAAAUUUUAGCCAUAUUGCUGCCACCAUAUAACAAUAAUAGGUAAUUUUCUAUGUGUAGAGAGCCUUGAUGGAACCUAAUUUGUUGAUAGAAAAUUAUUAAUUUAACAGAUAAGAUGAGUUUCCCAUGUUUAUAUUAGCUUUAAUGAAGAUAUAUAAUUUUUCCAUUUUUUUUGGUAUAAGUAA